AUGGAUCCAUUCAAUGAUGUUCAAGAUGACUGCUGGUCACAGAUUCGUAAUCUUGAAGAUUUUAUUCGGAAAACGAAGUAUAUGACUGAAGAUGCAAAGACUGACUUUCAAUAUUCGUAUCAAGAUCUCAAUGAAACACUAGAAGAUUUAUCACAGGCGGUGACAGUAAGUGAGACGAAUCCAGAGAAGUUUCAAUUGAAUUCAGCAGAUAUAACUAGGCGUAAAGAUGUAUUAAAGGAAUUAGAGAGCAAGAUCAAGUCGCUUCAAAAUGAUUGGCAAACAAAACUUGCCGAUCCUAAUAGACAGAGAGAGAUAACGACUAUGUCAAAUAGAAUUUCGCAAGAUAACACUGGACAAGAAGACCCAUUCAAUGACAGCCAUAGAGUGAAUAAUGAAUUUGAACAAUUUCAGCAGCAAGAAUACAUACAGAACCAAGACUUACAGUUGGACUCAAUUCACCAAACGAUGCAGAACUUGAACCAGCAAGCCACAAUGAUGGGGUCUGAAUUAGAGGAGCAAGGGUUUAUGUUAGAGGGUUUGGAUCAGGAUAUGGAUAUAGUAGGGAACAAGGUUCAACGGGGUUUAAAGAGAGUGGGAUUUAUACUCGAAAAAAAUAGAGAACGGGCAAGCGAUUGUUGCAUUGCGUUGUUGGUGGUUGCAUUAUGUAUCCUUUUGAUUCUAGUUAUUGCGUUAUGA